AUGGAUGGCCCCUCUUUGGGCCGUCCUGCCACCGAUGCCACUCACUACCAAGUGCUCAACCUGACGGCAUCGGCCAUUGAAAACUCAGAUGCUGCCGCCACUCUUAUAAAGCGGGCAUACCACCGCGCCCUGCUACUCAACCAUCCUGACAAAGCGCGGGAUUCGUCGGUAAAAGAAGAAUCCCUAUACACGGUGGAUCAGAUUAGCCAGGCGUUUGCCAUCAUUUCUUCUCCAGCUAAGCGGGCCGAGUAUGAUGUGGCUCUUCGGCUGGCCAGAAAUGCGGGCAACGAUGGCGAAUUAUCCCGUUUCCAGACGGGUAUCGAGAAUGUCGACUUGGACGAUUUGGAGUUUGAUGAAGAUGGAGAGCGCUGGUUUCGCUCGUGUCGAUGUGGCAAUGAUAAAGGGUAUACGUUUCAAGAACAGGAUCUUGAAGAGGCGCAAGAGCUCGGUGAACUCAUGGUUGGUUGCCACGAUUGCAGCCUUUGGCUCAAAGUACAUUUUGCGGUACUGGAUGAUGAUGACAAAUAG